AUGAAAAAUUCUAUCAUUAUCUCUGCUCUCUUCUCUACCUUUGUUGCAGUAUCCGCGCGCACGUUUACUGUCAAGAAUAACUGCAAGUAUACUGUUUGGCCGGCAAUCUUCACAGACAUGAAUGUCGGUACCGACAAACCUUCUAUGCCCACUGGCUGGGAAGCGGCUCCAGGAAACACGUCAACAUUCACUGUUCCCGAUGAUUGGCAAUCUGGUCGCAUCUGGGGAAGGACUGACUGUGACUUCUCGAAGCCCAACGCAAGUUCUUGUGCCACGGGUGGAUGCAAUGGUGGGCUUUUGUGCGAUGAACACAGCGGCACUGGUGUUCCACCUGUAACCGUUGCUGAAUGGACACUCGGAAAGAACGGGAGUCCCGAUAACUACGAUGUUUCUAUGGUGGAUGGGUUCAACAUUCCUAUGUCCGUUGUGCCUACCGCAGGAUGUCAAGCCAUCGAUUGUAACACCGAUUUGAACCCCAACUGCCCCGCUCAGCUGCAGCUCAAAGAUGCCUCAGGUACUGUUGUUGGAUGCAAAUCUGCUUGCGAUGCAAACCUCGAUGGGGACCCUCAAAAUUCCCCCAACUGCUGCAGUGGAUCUCAUAACGUACCCGCAACGUGUCCUCCAAGUGGUGUACAGUUCUACGACUACUUCAAAAACGGAUGCAAGAACGCGUACGCAUACGCAUACGACGAGUCAAGUAAAACUGCUUUGUGGACGUGCGACUCGACACAGAAUGCAGAUUAUGCUGUCACAUUUUGUCCUUGA